UAGGAUUUUACUCCCCGAAUCCGGUUCGGUUCAGCUAGGUUUAUUAAACCGGAGCGUUUGGACCGCAACCCUCACCGGUUCAAUAAAUCCCUCCUUCGUGGUUUGCUCUCUCUCUCCUCGCGAUCGCCCCCACCGGAGAAGGCCUAUGUAAAGUUAAGCAGCAUGGUUCAAUUUAAGAACAGGUAUAUGGUGAUGGAAGUUUUUGUGGAUGCAAACCGAGAGCUGGGUGAUAACGACCCAAUAAUUCUCAGCGCAUUUAAUGUCUCGAAAGCGAUAAAAGAUAGCAUUCAGCUAAACUUCGGAGAGUGUGGUCUCGCUGUAUCACUUGGAUCUUUCCAAGUUAAAUAUGUAAACCCAACGACAAAGAUAUGCAUAAUAAGAACUUCGCGUGAGGAUCACCAAAAAGUAUGGUCUGCUAUUACGAUGGUUAGGAGUAUUGGGAAGUGCCCUGUAUCGUUCAACUUACUGGACUUGAGUGGAAGCAUCAAAGCCUGUAAGAGAGCUGCAUUAAUGUGCGACGAGGCGAAGUUCGAGCAGUACAGGCUAGCUGCUGGUGAUCUUGUGACGCCGGAGAUCACCGAUGUGGUGAAAAGUUGUUUUGAGAAAAUUAAAGCAUUAGAGAAGUAAAGGCAAGAGUUGAUGGCUAGGAGAAUGCAUAUGUUUAAAAAGGGGGCAAAUGUUUAUAGUUUUAUUCCGCACGCAUCGGAAAUUUCUGCUUCUCUUUUGCAUUUUUCUGACAAUUUGAGUUAUUACAAUGCGAAGUUCUCGCCUGAAAAAUGAGAAAAGGGGAGUGUGGAAGUGAUAUGCCUUACUUUUCCUUCCUUUUUCUCUUAUGUGCAAGGAAGAUUGGAAGUUCCAUCAUGUAUGAAGUGCUGAGAAUUGAAGCUGUAAAGCCAAAAUGCUGUAAUACCAAGGAAGCUAUUUCGCAAAUUGUUUGUAGAAGUGCUUCUACUUACUAUACAGUGCUGAAACUACUGAAAUUCCUUUUUUUUUUUU